GCUGGCAGAUGCCAUAGCUGUGUUGUAGGAGAUCGUGAAACCACAGAACGUCAGAGGUCACCGCGCUAUUCACCACGGCCAGUCGGCGGAGCAAUACAUACGCACCAUUGGUCACUAUGCAUCUUGUGGUUGGACUGAUCCUUCGACUGUUGCAGAAGUAAGAAAUGCAUGAGUUUAUUAUGCUACAACGCCAACGGUUCGUCUGAAACAGAAUGGUUCGACAGUGUGUGAUGUAUAUUACAGUGAUGAUUGGUGAACUAGUCCAUGCAGACUUUCAAAAAGACUGAAGAAGGAAGAACUGUUCUUUGUACUAACAAACAUUCGACUCCAUGGACGUCAAGGAAAUGGAAGUCAACUAAAUUUGUUACAGAAAUGUUAUCAUAGUGUGACCACUGAGCUUCCAUAAACUCGACAGAGGGUAAACGCUGACUGGGUGGUUGAGUGGUUUCCAUGCUGAGAAAACUGUGUAAAUAUGUUUUAAUUCUGUCGACAUCGGAGUCGUUUGAUGGACGGCUGAAAUGCGUGAUUAGACACUGAUGUCAUUGGACGUGAAAAAUCCAUGCUGAUUUGCAUAGAGUAUAUUGUUUGUUGACAUUUCAUGUAGCUGGACCAUUCCACACACACGAGCUUUUAACGACAGUGUUCGUCAUCAGUGAAGAGUGCGUGAAACGGAUGUGGAACUAGAACAUGCAGGUUUUAUCAAGUUUCUUGGUGGAUGUAUUGUGCAUGUACAAAAUAUAGAUUGUUCUUGAGUAGAUGGAAACAGAAUGCUGCCAGUAAAUAAUCUUUCCGGGAGAAUCUGAAACCAGGGGAGUUCUAAUUUCAUGACGGUGUGUGUUCUGUGGAUGCAGUGUGAAGUAAACCAAUGACAAAGCCCGACAAAGCCACUUAUUUCUGAUUUCACAGGAAGGAUGCGAACUAAAAGGCUUAAGAGUUGUGUGUAUAAAAAUACCUUCGAAAUGUAAAUUUGUUUAAUGGAUUUCAGGUUUGAUUUUUGAUCGUGAAAUUUACUGAGCUUUCGUUUAUGUAAGUAAUAUUAUUAUGACAACGGCUUUAUAUGCAACUAUAAAAGAUUUGUUGCAAAAAUGUUUUACAUGCGGUCAAAUCAACCCUGCAGGUUCACGUUUCCACUAAGGAAAACAACAUCGUUUUUAAAACUUGCCAUUUCUUUCGUUUUGAAAUGAACAAUAUGUACGCUGACUUUACUGCUGCCAGAAAACCCCUGAAAGAUGUCUGCUUUAUGUCUGUCUGCAUGUCUCAGGAAAGAAUUUGAGCCUUAUUAAUUCCAACAAAGAAGCUGAUUUUAGGCUCGUUUGAAAUACAUAAUGCUGAUAUCACCGAGAAAGGAUUUUCUGCGGACAUAUACAGUAUAUCGUAAUUAGUUCGCCUGAAGACUGGUACCCAAACAAGUUAAGUAUCUGCUUGUAAGACUUCCAGUCGCACAUUUCCAAUGGAUUAAGAGCUGGUUCGUUAUUAUCUGCUCCUGGUCAUAUUCAACAAGAAGCUGUACAGUAAACUACACGGGGUACGGGUUUGGUGGCAGGAUUGCUGUCUGGACACCAUUUGAUUCCAGCUGAUUGAGGAACAUAUGACUAUUCAUAGUCAGUGAUGGGUGACAGGAUAACAGUAACCGACUUGAAGAAUGUCACCGGAGGAAUGUUUUCCGUUCAAGAGGGAUUCUCUGUUUCAGUUUGGAUUCGAACUCCCGUAAUCUUCUCAGUGUCAUUCUUUGUGAUUACGUCCAAUAUUCUCAACAUAGUCAUCCUCCGAAGAACCAGGACCAUACCUCACAUUUCCAAACUGUGUCUGACUAACCUAAGUAUUGCCGACCUGUCCGUGGGUCUGUUGACGUGUGCCCCGUGUGUUCUGUCAGCAGUCCUAGGCUACUGGCCUUACGGUGACGUGUGGUGCCAGAUAGCCGGAGUAACCCAUGGAACCUCGGUCACCGUAUCAAUAUGGAGCCUCUCGAACGUAAGCAUUGACCGAUACAUUGCUCUCAUGAAACCUCUGCACUACCCGUCGCUUGUAACAAGUAGAAGAUGCUACUUUGGAUUGGCAUCAUGUUGGGUGCUUGCAAUUGCGACCUUCUCGUCUGUCAUCUUUACCAAACCAGACUUCAUUUACUACAGGUUCAGCUUCAACGAGGGCAUGUGCGGUCUAUUCUGGGAGUACCCCCUGUUUUGCAUCAUCACCGGAAUGGCGAUUCCGUGUUUGUCAGGAAGUAUAAUCCUAUUCACAACAGUCAGUAUAGUGAGGAGGAUCAAAACAUCAGGGUUUGGGACUGCCGGAGGUUCCUGCCAACGGACCAGGAGGGACGUGAAGGCUGUCAAGAUUCUCAGCAUCACUGCCGGGAUGUUCUUUCUGUGUUGGGGCCCCUACUCAGCCUCAGUGAUAAUGUCUGCUUUUGACCCUAGCAUACACCCCGAGGGAGCUCCAGUUUACGUUUCUAUGGCUGGCAAACAGUAACAGUUUCAUGAACGUCCUCAUCUACUCCUCCGUCUACGAAGCCUUCCGACAUGAGGUCAAGGUCAUUCUAUUACCUGCCGCCUGCUUCCGUGAGAGAGACAGGGACAUGCCUCGCUCUACCACAAGCAUAUCGUUGAACAGUCAAGCGACCAUUCAGCGAACGAACAGUUCUGAUGAAUAAUAACGCUGGACGUUCUUUAAAAGACAUUUGUCAAGUCUUAUCAGAAGUUUGGUUUGUGAAUUUAUUGAAAACGCCACCUGUUCGAGUAAUAAAUGUUUGCAUUUGAA